CUAAAGAGAAAGGUAUUACAUCUCAAGGCAUCAGAGAGAAAAAGUUGAGGGAAUUUCGGCGCUUAAUUCUGCUCAAAAUGGCCAAUAUUUGGCCUCAUCUAGCCUAUGCAUUGGCAUUGUGCUUGUCGAUCAACAAUGUAGCUGCCUAUUAUGAUGAGCCUUAUAAUACUCCACCACCUUACUAUAGUAAGAAACCAGAAACACCAUUGCCUCGUUAUACUUAUAAGUCCCCUCUACCAUCAUCACCACCACCAUACACCUAUAACUCUCCACCACCACCUCUUUAUUUCUACCAAUCCCCACCUUUACCACCGCCUUCACCUCCACCACCGUAUGCCUAUAAGUCUCCACCGCCACCUUCUCCUUCCCCUCCACCUCCUUAUGUGUACAAGUCCCCACCUCCACCAUCUCCAUCUCCACCACCUCCAUAUGUUUAUAAGUCCCCACCACCACCAUCACCUUCACCACCGUCGCCUUAUGCCUACAAGUCACCACCUCCACCAUCUCUUUCACCUCCUCCACCCUAUGUCUACAAGUCUCCACCUCCACCAUCACCCUCACCACCUCCUCCUUAUAUUUAUAGGUCUCCACCACCACCACCACCACCACCAUCACCUUCACCACCUCCACCCUAUGUCUACAAAUCUCCACCUCCACCAUCUCCCUCACCACCUCCACCCUAUGUCUACAAGUCUCCACCUCCACCAUCUCCCUCACCACCUCCUCCUUACAUUUAUAAGUCACCACCACCACCAUCACCUUCACCACCUCCACCCUAUGUCUACAAGUCACCACCUCCACCAUCUCCCUCACCUCCUCCACCCUAUGUCUACAAGUCUCCACAUCCACCAUCUCCCUCACCACCUUCUCCUUAUAUUUAUAGGUCUCCACCACCACCACCACCAUCACCUUCACCACCGCCACCCCAUGUCUACAAAUCUCCACCUCUACCAUCUCCCUCACCACUUCCACCCUAUGUCUACAAGUCUCCACCUCCACCAUCUCCCUCACCACCUCCUCCUUACAUUUAUAAGUCUCCACCACCACCAUCACCUUCACCACCUCCACCCUAUGUCUACAAGUCCCCACCUCCACCAUCUCCUUCACCUCCUCCACCCUAUGUCUACAAGUCUCCACCUCCACCAUCUCCCUCACCACCUCCUCCUUACAUUUAUAAGUCACCACCACCACCAUCACCUUCACCACCUCCACCCUAUGUCUACAAGUCACCACCUCCACCAUCUCCCUCACCUCCUCCACCCUAUGUCUACAAGUCUCCACCUUAUCCAUCUCCCUCACCUCCUCUACCCUAUGUCUACAAGUCUCCACCUCCGCCAUCUCCCUCACCACCUCCACCUUAUGUGUACAAGUCCCCACCUCCACCAUCUCAUUCACCUCCUCCUCCUUAUGUUUACAAGUCUCCACCUCCACCAUCUCCCUCACCACCUCCACCCUAUGUCUACAAGUCCCCACCUCCACCAUCUCCUUCACCUCCUCCCCCUUAUGUUUACAAGUCUCCACCUCCACCAUCUCCAUCACCUCCUCCACCUUAUGUUUACAAGUCUCCACCUCCACCAUCUCCCUCACUACCUCCUCCUUACAUUUAUAAGUCACCACCACCACCAUCACCUUCACCACCUCCACCCUAUGUUUACAAGUCCCCACCUCCACCAUCUCCUUCACCUCCUCCACCAUAUGUGUACAGGUCCCCACCUCCACCUUCUCCUUCUCCUCCUCCACCUUAUGUCUACAAGCCUCCACAUCCAUAUUACUAAAAAGUUGCAUUUCCUCCCUCUUCAUCUCCUUUUCCGCAUCUCUAAAAGCCAAUAUCGACACCAUUAUUCAAUCAAAUCAAAUGUUUUUCUAAGUUCAGCGAAGCUAAAUUAUAGUUUCUUGGAACAAUUUCCCUUUCUUUGAAAUUCUUGCUCGUGUCCUUUAUAUGAAAUUAACGCGGAUGUUUCUCACUGUUGGAAGAAUAAAGAGAACAAAUAAAUUGAUGUGGAAAAUCAUCGUAUGAUUUCUUGAUUGUUUUUGAGUAAUAUAUAUUGUUACAAUUGAUACAUUGAUAUCUUUGUCAAGGGUUGAGGUUUUACUUUGUAAUUGUUUACUUCAUAAUAUAUUUUCCAUAUAUUUCAUUUA